GAUUAUUUAAUAUACGGAAAUUACAAUUCCCCCCAAGUUCUAUCUUAUCCGCACAAACAAACACGAUCAAAUCGAUAUUCAUAUGAUUCUGCCGUUCCGUAUUCUUAAACAUUUUUGUUCCUCUCAACGUCCCUUUAUUUUCGGGUUUUGAUCGAUCCGAUUCCGAUUCGCUAUUGCAACUCGCCCUCGCUCGGUGCGCUUUAUUGAUCGGAAAUACUCGUUUAAUCUUCAGGGUUCCCGCGUGUUACUGCAGUUAGGAUUUAGAAUUGGGUUUUUAAGCAUCAAUAUGGGACUUUGCUUGUCUAAGAAUCAACAUGACGAUGAUUCUGAUCAUCAUGGUGACUUUACUGGUGCUAAUGUAUGUCUCAUUACUACCAAGGAAAGCUGGGACGAGAAGCUAUCAGAAGCUAGUAGAGAUGGCAAGAUUGUGAUUGCCAACUUCAGUGCUACAUGGUGUGGUCCUUGCAGAAUGAUGGCACCAUUUUAUCGUGAGCUAUCCGAGAAGUACCCCUCUUUAAUGUUCCUGGUGGUGGAUGUUGAUGAACUAAUUGACUUCAGCACUUCAUGGGAUAUCAAAGCCACACCUACUUUCUUCUUCCUUAAAGAUGGGCAGCAAAUUGACAGGCUCGUGGGAGCGAACAAGCCAGAGCUCCAGAAUAAGAUAAUUGCUGCUUCGAACUUAGUUGCACACGGUCAAAAUUAAUUGUUAUAAUCAUUGUUUUUGUGUCAACUAGAGGCCAGUGGGCUAUGUAGAGGUAUGUUGAAUGUUGUCUGAUUGCUUCAUUGUGAGGUUUUCUUUUUUUUUCUUUUUUGUAGAUUAAUCCAAUUUCAUGUAAAAAGUAGGAAUGCGUAUGGCAUCUGUGACCCUGUUUUUGUGGACUGAAUUAGGAAUGUAAGAAUUAUUUUAAUUGCA